AUGUACAAACAAGGAUUCAUGGAAAUUCAACAAGACCCUCCUUCUCUCCUUCCUCUUCCUCCUCCUCCUCCUCCUCCUACUCCUACUCCUACUCCUCCUCACUCUUUUGGGAAAGAACAAGCCACCUCUAAACCAAAACACACCACCAUGAACACCAAAAGCUACUACCCUCCUCCAAGUUGUGCUGCUGUUGGUGGUAAUGUUUCUUCAAAUCAAAAUUUAAGCAAUGGUGCUCAACAACAACAGUACAAAAAACAAAUUAGAAGAAGACUCCACACUAGUAGGCCUUAUCAAGAAAGGCUUCUGAACAUGGCAGAGGCAAGGAGGGAGAUUGUCACUGCCUUGAAAUACCACAGGGCUACUGUGAAUAUGAGACAAGCCAAUGUGCAGAAACAACAACUUCAACAACGCCUUCAACACCAUCACCAACAACAAGAACAACAACCGCAGCAACAACAACCAGUGUCCUUGAAGCCUUCCCAUUCAAGUUUUAACAAAGAUGGGAGAUCAAGGUCUAGGAGAAAUUCUAGGAUAUACCAUUCAACCAAAAAUAAAUUUUCAAAUCACAUGAAUGAUUUAUCCUACUCAUCAUCCUUCUCAUUCCACCCUCCUCCUUUAGUUCCAAACUCUUACUCCAAUUCCAUCCCUGUUACUUCCCCAUUUUCUCAUCCACCUCCUAAGCCACCAAAAAACCCCAAUUUAACACUUGCAGAUCAGACAUUGGGGUUGAACCACAAUACAUGUCAUCUCAACAAUUCAAAACCUUCCCUUUUCCCAAACAACAGCAACAACAACUCUUCAUUGUGCUCUUACUCAUCUCCAACACCAUCUUCUCCUCCACUUGUGACUAAUCAUGAUCAAGAUGUUCCUCCAAUUGGAUCAUCACAUUCACAAGGAGAAGGGGCUUCUUCCUCAGCGGUGGAUACCAUUGAGUCCAGUGCUACAACCCGUGCCACUACUAAAGAUUUGCAUGUAGCAUUGGAUGAUGAGGGCAUGGAAGAGAUCAGAUUAUUGGGAGAGCAAAAUCAAGUGGAGCUAAACGACACUUUGAGUUUCAUCACUUCUGCAUGGUGGUUCGAUUGCUUAAAGAACAUGGAACAUGAUGCGCAUGAAGUCAUGACUACUACUGAAGAUGAUGAUAAUGAUGCAUGUCAUAUAUUUGAUGAACUCGAAGAACUGGAUGAAUUUCCAAUCUGGUUGAAUGAAGCAAAUGAGAGCAUCUUUGACUACUGCUCCGAGAAUUGCUUCCAAGAUCCUUUGCCGUGGAGACCAUCAGCAGCAUAUGAGGCUGAGGAUGUGGACGAUGGAGCUUAG